UCAAGACAGCUUUCUAGUCAGUAAGGUGAGCACGUUCACUUUGAAAGCACUUCAAGAGGCGGAACCGGCGAACCUACCCGUCACCCCCUUCGCUCCUCUCCAUUAAAACAGCCUGGCCAGACGACCACCAGUUCGGGUGUCCAUGACCAUGAGUCCAAAGACCGCUCGUUCCAUGAAAGAAGCGCGGAGAGUUGGUAGUACUCCGGUGACCGCGACGAUGCUCCGCGCCGCCCGUCUUCACAAUACCAAAGUAAAACUGGAAUAAGCGGAGGAAAAAAACUCGCCGGACUUUACUGGGUUCUUUUUUUUCACCACUGGACAACGAGCCGCACACCGAGUGGGCCAGCGAACCUCCGAGUCGGUCGUGACCACCGACCAUUUUUUUCCUCCCAAAAAUGCACUUCCAGCUCCGCGUCCUUCCUCGGAAGAUGCCCGGGAAGUGUGAGUGACAGGUCGGCCACGGCGGUGCAGAUUCACCCGGUGUUCCUUCCCCCUCAAGAAACUAUUUCUUAAAACCAUAUAUCUACAUUAUAUUAUACCCUUUUCAUUUCAUAAAACAAUUUUCAGCGUGGAAGACGACAUUUUUUGUGUGAUUUAUGAUUUUUUAUUUUUUUUUUGGUGUCGCUUCGGAACUUCCAAAAGGGGGGCGCAAACACUCUCUUUUGGCCGGGAGAGGACGCGCAUCGACGGGGCUCCGGUUGGUGAAGCUCCCCGGUCAGGGAACCAAUCAAUCAACCAUCCAUCGAUCCACCUGAGAGAGAACCACUCAUUCUGGGAUUAAAACAUUCCACCUGCUGGGGAUUCUACCAUGUCAGGUGCACGGGAUUGCACACGGACGCUCUUCAUCUACGUGGUGAUGGAGGCUCUUUCAUGUGCGCUCGCAGGCAAAGUCUCGCCCACCAGUUCCGAUGCCCUCCUCAGUUCCUUGCCGGUGACGGCCCGCCCCCCGCCGCCCGCCAUCUACCUGCCGGCCAGCUUCAAGAUGUCCAACGUGCAGCUGGCCUUCUUCUUGCGCGAGGCGGCUCAGGCGUCGGGACCGAACGCGGCCGGCGGCGGCGGCGGCGGCCACCCGCUGCAACGCUCGGAGAGUUUUGUGGUUUUCCAGACAAAGGAGCUGCCGGCGGUCAAUAUUAGCUUGGGACCUUUUGUCCGUGACCAGACGCUGUCCAAGGAGUUGCUCCAGCCGGCCAGCCCGCUGGACAUCCCCGGCCAGCUGACGGUCAACUGGAAGGUGCGCGCCUUCAUCGUCCAGCCGCGGGUGUUCUCCAACAAUCCCGCCGUGCAGGUGUUCUUCUACAUCGCCGGCCGCGAUUGGGACGACUUCAAAGCGCAGGACAAGCUGCCGUGCGUCCGGCUCCACGCCUUCCGGGACGUGCGGGAGAUGAAGACGUCGUGCCGCAUGAAAGGCAACCUGGCGCAGUGUUUGGCGCAGCUGGACCUGCCGCCGUCCUGGUUCAACGCCAACGUGGCCCCGCUGGGUCGCCGGAAGGGCUCCGGGGGGGGCGACGGCGGGCUCCUGGACGGGCUGACGGGCGAGACCCUGCAGGCGGAGCUCUACUACACGCUGCACGAGCCCAACGCGGAGGGCGAGUGCGGCGAGGCGGCGGGCCACCGGGGCGCCCGGGGGGAGGCCCCGUCGCAGCACCCCCUGCUGCGCAUCGGGAGCAUCAGCCUGUAUCAGGCCAGCCGCGAGCAACUGCUGGUGGACAAGCAGCUGGACAAGAACAUGUUCCUCAGGCUGCCCGAGAAGCCCCUCAAACCCGGGGAGACCCUCAGGAUCUUCUUGUACUUGAUGCCCAACUCCACCGUGGAACAGUUCAGCCUCAAGGUGAAAGCUAAAAAAGGAGUGAACCUGAUCCAGACCACGUCCAAGAAUGCCCAAUGGAAGGUGGACUGGGAGGUUCUAUCCGGCGCCAAGCAUUCCAUCACCACCAUCGACGUGAACAAGAACAAAGCGCUCAAGCAAGGGGAGGUGGCGGGCAACGCCGAAGUGAUGCAGCUCGACUUUGAGAUGGAGAACUUCACCAGCCUGUCGGUGACGCGCCGCAUCAACUGGAACAUCGACUACAACGGUCAGAGCCCCCCGCCCGAGUCCGAGAAGGUGGUCACCGAGCUCACCGUGGUUCAGCGGGACAUCCAGGCCAUCCUGCCCCUUGCCAUGGACACGGAGAUCAUCAACACGGCCGUCCUGACCGGUCGCACCGUGGCCAUCCCCGUCAAGAUGGUGUCCAUUGAGAUGAACGGCGCCGUCACCGACGUCUCCGCCUUCGUGCAGUGCAAGUCGGCCAACGAAGACAUCGUCAAGGUCUCCAUGAAUUGCGACUACGUGUUUGUCAACGGCAAGGAGACGCGAGGCUCCAUGAACGCCAGGGUCAUCUUCAGCUACGAGCACCUGAGCGCACCCCUGGAACUCACCGUCUGGGUACCCAAGCUGCCCUUGCGGGUGGAACUGUCCGACGACAACCUGAGCUUCAUCAAGGGCUGGCGGGUCCCCAUCCUGCCCGACCGCAGGAGCACCAGGGACAGCGACGGCGAGGAGGACGAGGACGAUCGGCGGGUGAGCCGAGGCUGUACGCUGCAGUACCAGCGGGCGCUGGUCAAAGUCCUGACGCAGUUCCACACCACGUCCAGCGAGGGCACCGACCAGGUCAUCACCAUGCUGGGGCCCGACUGGCAGGUGGACGUCACCGACCUGGUGCAGGACUCGCUCAAGGUGGCCGACCCCCGCGUGGCCGAGCUGGUGGACAGGACGGUCCUGGUCGGCCUGGAGCUGGGAUCCACCGUUUUAAAGGUGGACUCGCCUCUGGCCGUGGACGCGGCGCUGGGCCAGGCGGCCUUCGCCGUCACGGACGACAAAGUUUCCAUCAGCCAGCUGCGCGUCCACGCCGUGUCGGGGUUGAGCCUGGCGCUGCGGCCCAGCCCCGGCAACAGCCACACCUUGGUCGCCAAGGCCACCGGCCUCCAGACGCUCGGCGCCCCCAAGCAGGAGGCCAGCUUGUCGGUAUGGAUGCUUUUCAGCGACAACACGGCGGCCUCGCUGACCUACUUCGAUCCCAAGGACUACAACUUCAACGCCUCGGCGCUGGACGACAAGGUGGUCUCGGUGUCGCAGGAGCCGCAGCAGCGUUGGCCCGUGGUGGUGGCGGAGGGCGAGGGCGAGGGCGAGCUGCUGCGCGUGGAGAUGACCAUCGGCGAGGCCUGCCAGAAAACCAAACGCAAGAGCGUCAUCGCCUCGGCCGCCGUCUACGUCAGGGUCCGCUUCGGCCCCGAGGAGGACGACGAGUGGGACGAAGAGGCCGUCGCCGAGGGCGAGGCCGAGUCACCGGCCGUCACCGGGGGGCCGGCGCCGGCCGGGCCCGACCCGGACGGGCGGCUCUACGAGACGUCCAACGAGCAGCCGGCCAGCGUUCCCAUCGACUACACCAACCUGCCCACCGUGGGCAACGGGGUGCGGCCCACCCAAACGGACGCGGGGGAGGGCGAGGAGCGCGACGAGGAGGAGGAAGACGACUUUACGCACUCGCCCCGCAACAUGACCGACCUGGAGAUCGGCAUGUACGCCCUCCUGGGGGUCUUCUGCCUGGCCAUCCUGGUCUUUCUCAUCAACUGCAUCGUCUUUGUGCUCAAGUACCGCCACAAGCGCAUCCCGCCCGAGGGCCAGGUCAACAUGGACCACUCACACCACUGGGUCUUCCUGGGCAACGGCCAGCCGCUGAGAGCCCAGUGCGAGCUGUCGGCGCGGCAGGCCGACAGCCCCUCCGACCCGCCGGAGGGCGUCCAGACCUGCUGCCACGGCGACCACCACAGCAGCGGCAGCUCGCAGACCAGCGUGCAGAGCCAGGUGCACGGCCGCGGCGACGGCAGCUCGGGCGGCUCGGCCAAGGAGAGCGGCGAGGAGGCCAGCUCGCCCACGUCCAAGCGCAAGCGGGUCAAGUUCACCACCUUCGCCACGCUGCCCGCCGACGACCUGCCCUACAACUCCGUCCCCGUCGCCGACGAGGAGGACAUCCAGUGGGUGUGUCGGGACAUGGGCUUCCAGGACCCCGAGGAACUGCACGACUACAUGCGCAGAAUAAAAGAAAUGGCCUGAGAAAACGGACCGGGGCGGCGGGGGAGCGGGCGGCGGCGGCGGGGGGGUGGCUCCUUUUUAAUCACAGACACACAGAAAAAAAAAAAAAAUGGCCGACUGUCAUUUCGGUUCGCUUGUUCCGUUGACUUUGCGCAGCCCUGUAAGCUUAUCAUCAUCGCACUCAACAAAACAACG